UGGGCGGGGGAGGAGAGUGCACCAGCGGGCAGGGGGUGGAGUGGGCUGGGAUUGGAAGCCUAUAAAGUCCGGGGAGGGGGGCGAGGAGAGCCAGGAGGACGUGUCCGCCUGCACGGUUUGUAAAUUGCUCGAUAAAGCUGACUGCGGAGUGGAAAAGCCAAAAUGUCUAAGGGUCCAGCUGUAGGCAUUGAUCUGGGGACCACCUACUCCUGCGUGGGCGUCUUCCAACAUGGCAAGGUGGAGAUCAUUGCCAACGACCAGGGCAACCGCACCACCCCCAGCUAUGUGGCCUUCACAGAUACGGAGCGCCUCAUUGGUGACGCUGCCAAGAACCAAGUGGCAAUGAAUCCCACCAACACGGUCUUUGAUGCCAAGCGCCUCAUUGGCCGCCGUUACGAUGACCCCGUGGUACACUCCGACAUGAAGCACUGGCCUUUCCACGUGAUCAACGACGGCGGGCGUCCCAAAGUCCAGGUGGAGUACAAAGGCGAGACCAAGUCCUUCUACGCGGAGGAGAUCUCCUCAAUGGUCCUCACCAAGAUGAAGGAAAUCGCCGAGGCCUAUUUGGGCAGGACAAUCAACAACGCGGUCAUUACGGUCCCGGCCUACUUCAACGACUCGCAGCGGCAGGCUACCAAAGACGCUGGCACCAUUUCGGGCCUCAACGUCCUCCGAAUAAUCAACGAGCCUACAGCAGCUGCCAUUGCUUAUGGGUUGGAUAAAAAGGUGGGGGGCGAGCGCAACGUCCUCAUCUUUGACCUGGGCGGUGGCACCUUCGACGUCUCCAUCCUGACCAUCGAGGAUGGCAUCUUUGAGGUGAAGUCGACGGCCGGCGACACUCACUUAGGCGGAGAGGACUUUGACAACCGCAUGGUGAACCACUUUGUGGCAGAGUUCAAGCGCAAGCACAAGAAGGACAUCACCGAUAACAAGCGGGCCGUUCGGCGGCUGCGCACGGCCUGUGAGCGGGCCAAACGUACCCUCAGCUCCUCCACCCAGGCCUCCAUCGAGAUCGACUCCCUCUACGAGGGCAUCGACUUCUACACGUCCAUCACCCGCGCCCGCUUUGAGGAGCUGAACGCCGACCUCUUCCGCGGCACCCUGGAGCCCGUGGAGAAGGCCCUGCGCGACGCCAAGCUGGACAAGGCCCAGGUGCACGACAUCGUCCUGGUGGGCGGCUCGACUCGUAUCCCCAAGAUCCAGAAGCUGCUGCAGGAUUUCUUCAACGGCCGAGAACUCAACAAGAGCAUCAACCCCGACGAGGCUGUGGCUUACGGAGCAGCCGUCCAGGCGGCCAUCCUGUGCGGGGACAAGUCGGAGAACGUGCAGGACCUCCUCCUGCUGGACGUGACGCCUCUCUCCCUGGGCAUCGAAACGGCCGGCGGGGUGAUGACCGCCCUCAUCAAGCGGAACACGACCAUCCCCACCAAGCAGACGCAGACGUUCACCACGUACUCGGACAACCAGCCCGGAGUGCUCAUCCAGGUGUACGAGGGGGAACGGGCCAUGACCAAAGACAACAAUUUGCUGGGGAAGUUUGAGCUGACAGGGAUCCCACCCGCCCCUCGCGGCGUCCCCCAGAUCGAAGUGACCUUUGACAUUGACGCCAACGGCAUCCUCAAUGUGUCUGCCGUGGACAAGAGCACCGGCAAAGAGAACAAGAUCACAAUCACCAAUGAUAAAGGCCGUCUCAGCAAGGAGGAGAUUGAGCGCAUGGUCCAAGAGGCGGAGCAGUACAAGGCCGAGGACGAGGUCCAGAGGGAGAAGAUUGCGGCCAAGAACUCUCUGGAGUCGCUGGCCUUCAACAUGAAGAGCACGGCGGAGGACGAGAAGCUCAAGGACAAGCUGUCCCCGGAGGACAAGCAGAAGAUCUUGGACAAGUGCAACGAGGUCAUUUCCUGGCUGGACAGGAACCAGAUGGCAGAAAAGGACGAGUAUGAACACCAGCAGAAGGAGCUGCAGAACGUCUGCAACCCCAUCAUUACCAAGUUGUACCAAGGGGCCGGGGGCAUGCCGGGCGGGAUGCCAGGUGGCUUCCCAGGGGCCGGAGGGGCUGGCAGUGGAGGUGGCUCCUCUGGCCCCACCAUUGAGGAAGUGGAUUGAGCCCGGCAUGGCGAUUCAAAGGAAGGCGCGUAUGCAGUUCUGCUUCUCUCCCGACCACCGCCUCCUCCCCCCCCAUGAGUCCAUGGAGCUUCUGCCCUCUUCUUCUCGUUGCUCCUCCCCUUCCUGCUUGUCUCCUUCCGCCAAAUAGAGACCCCCUUGGUGGUGGUCACAGGAAUAAAUUAUUGCACUUUUGACAUCUGC